CAGGUCUGUGGGCUAUAGCUGUUAUCGUUUGUUAGAGAAAAAUGUCAAGCCCGAUGCAGUUUGAAGGGGACUCGGAGUGUUUGUUUUCCCAACAACACGCUGCGGGCUGCGCGUCACUCCCGUGUUUUGGAGCGCGGUUCAGUGAAUUUGCGCGUCACACCGUUUAUUUGUGCAACACGUUUGCUCAGCCUCGGGUUGCAAUGUCUGACACCUGACAGUUAUAUGAUUGUCAUGAUUAUUUCAGGUCGACCACAAGGUGAGGACGUGCGCUGCCCCCCCCUUCUUAAAACACUUAAGGAUUUUUUUUUAAAGUUUGCCUGAAAACGUAUAUCUUUUUUCAUUUUAGCUUGAACUGCAGAAAGUAAUUACACUUCAAUGAAAAGAUCAAAUCCCAUCCUCAAACUAUUUUCCAAACCUGCAGGCCGUCAAAUACACGGGUGAAUGCUAACCUUUAUUUUUAUUACAAUAAACAAGUAAGGAAAUGAUUUGGAAAAAUCUAAAUGGGGGCCAAAGGACACAGAUCCAGGCGCACGAAAGUCACCUCGACCAAAGUUGACAAUUCAUUUGUUGUUGCAAAGUCUUUGUGUUACUCUUCACUUCCUGUUGAAUCUUUACGCACAGUGUGGCAAAACUUCUUCUUUCAACAGAAGCUUCUCCGUAGAACUCUGCUCUCAGUCUCCACCACACAUGGACCCGACUUGGAAACAAAUGAUAAGACUACUUCUUACUGUAAUCAAAGCGGACAUCAGCACUCCCUCCUUCAACAUGGACGGUUUCAACUGGACGUCGACAUCUGAGAACAUCACGAGGACCUCCUCCAAGAUCUACCCCAACUACACCAACAACAAUUCCUCAGAGGCGCCUGCGCCAAUGCCCUUCAACGUGGUCACCGCUGUCAUCUACACCAUCGUCUUCAUCGUGGGUUUUCUGGGUAACACGCUGGUCAUCUAUGUGGUGGUCCGCUACGCCAAGAUGAAAACUGUAACAAACAUGUACAUCCUCAAUUUAGCCUUGGCGGACGAACUCUACAUCUUGGGAAUUCCCUUCCUUGGCACUAAUAGUGUACUUUCCUAUUGGCCAUACGGGGAUUUCUUCUGCAAGGUGUGCAUGACUGCUGACGCCAUGAGCCAGUUUAGCUCCACCUUUUGCCUAACGGUAAUGAGCAUUGAUCGCUAUCUGGCCGUGGUUUAUCCUAUUCGCAGCUCCAAAUGGCGGAAGCCACAGGUGGCCAAGGUAUUCAAUGGCAUGGUGUGGGUUGUGUCCUUCCUGAUCGUGCUGCCAGUCACUAUUUACUCGGAUGUACAGGAUAAUUUUUACACCUGCAACGUGACCUGGCCUGAUCCAAAUGAUUUGUGGUCCAUUGUCUUCAUCCUCUACACAUCCAUCCUGGGCUUCUUUUGUCCACUCUUUGUCAUCAGCCUCUGCUACCUGAUCAUUGUCAUCAAGGUGAGGUCUGCCGGUGUGCGUGCAGGCCUGACUAAGCGGCGGAGGUCGGAGCGCAAGGUGACGCGUAUGGUGGUGAUCAUCGUGUUGGUGUUUGUUCUUUGCUGGCUGCCCUUCUUUACUGCCAAUCUUGUCAACCUGGUUUAUAUCAUCCCUGAGAGCAAUUCCACCGUCACAGUCUACUUCUUCCUGGUCAUCCUCACCUAUGUCAACUCCUGCGCCAAUCCAAUCCUCUACGGCUUCCUCUCCGACAACUUCAAGCAGAGCUUCCAGAAAGUGCUCUGCUUCUACAAACCAAAUGGCGUCAGCACCACGGACCAGAUGAGAAGCAGACAGGCCGCACCCAAGUCUGUCCAGAUGGAGGUUGUUGACAGCCUUGACAAGGAGCCUUUCACCUCAACAACAGCAGUGGAUGGUCAGUGAACGCUGCGACCCGCCAUGUAACGGUGUGGUAACUACCACAUGGAGCUCAGACAGUUUACCCCUGGAUACUUUAUUAUUCUGUACGUCCAGUCUUUAAUGCUGAUCCCUCCUCUCUGACUGGGACAUUUCUUAAAAAGGACCAGAGGAGAAACCCUGGAGAGAAAACGUCUUACAGCGUUCAUCACUAAGCAUUUUUGUUUGUACUCUAUGGGCCUGAUCUACUAAGAUCCCAAAUAAAAAGUGCUAAAUUGCGUGUGAAUUACAACAGAUUUCACGUUUUGUUGAUGGCCGUUUUGCAGGUGAUCUACUAACAAUAAUUGCAUAACAGGUGCAAACAUGGUUAAUAUUUAAAUAAGUGUUUUGCGUGUGUUACUGGUUUCCACCAUGGACGUUUAAGGAGAGCAGAGUGACCGCAAGCGCAAAGCGAAAUUUAAUGCCAUGGAAUUGGAGGUGUUAGUGGAAGAGGCAAACAAACAUGUUGUUGAGCUACAGCAAAGUAAUAUUAACAACGCUGUGCUGAUUAGCACCUACCUUUCAAAUGUACUAAAUAUAGACGCAGUCACAAUCCCCGCAGUUAUUUUCCGGCUUUGUAAAUCACAUUGCGUGGGCUAAAUUAAACUAUUUGCAUCUACGCCUCCCAAUAUUUUGUGCACUCGGGAAGAAAUGCCCGAUAUUGCAUAUUCAUUAAGGCAAACAUACUAAAUGGACAGCGCGUGUUAUUCUGCACCGUUAGUAGAUCCGCUUGCAUGUUUUUUUGCGGGUGAAAUCAAGGUUUGCACACGUUUUUCCACGUGCAAACCUUUAGUAGAUCAGGCCCUAUGUGUUUGUAUUGUUACUAUAUUGACUGCAUUGUAGGCCUCAAAGUUUCUGUAUUGAUGUAUGCUCUCAAAAGUCAUGAAAUCCUGUACAUUCUCAAAAAGCAUUAGGUAUAACCAGACUUUUAUUGUGAAACAGGCAUUCAUUCAUUUUUGUAUUUGAUCAUACUUUAGUGAGAGUUCCUGUUGUCUGAUCUGCUUUGAUUGGAGAAUGUACAGUAUUUCAUUUGACCUCCUACAGCCAGAGAGAUAACUGUUCUGCAGGUUAUUGUAAAGCUGGUUGAAAUGUAUUGAUUGUCAUAACAAAUGUUUUUUUGCUGGUUGUGUCUGUUGGUAAUAUCUCCUGCUCCCUCACAUUGCUGACCACUGUCAUUGGCGGAGUGAUCGUUUUCCAUCCUCUGCAACAUGUCAUGUCCUCACUCACCGUUUAUCUGGGCCUGACUGGACUGUUGAGGCUGACAUUUGAUGCCCACAUCAUUGGGAAUGUGCUGGACAACACUGUUGCGUCUCCAUUGUUGUAACUUGAGCCAAGAAAAGACCAGGUCCACAAUGUUUAUGGUAAAUUUGAGGUCAUUCGAAAAGCUGGAAAUAGGGAUACGAGGUAUUUCUGUUUGAAACACUGUGUAUUUUAAAAUGAUAAUUUUGAACAGACUGCGGAUUCAUGAUGCUCUUACAUAACUAAAAAUGUUAACAUAGUUAUGUGAUUAUGAUCUUUUAUUGUGCAUUCAUCUCGUAUUGUUGCUGUGAUUUAUGAACAUUAUGUCAGGUUUAUGUUUCAGAUUGAGCCACUUUAUCAAUAUUUCCAGUUGAAACAGAACGUUGGCAGCUUUACACUUGAAUGUCGUUGUCUCUGUCCUGUUUUUCAGAUUUUUAGCUAAUGUCUUAGUUUGAUUUUGCAGUAAAUGUUUUGUGCAACAUUCAUCAGACGGAGGAAGAAGAUGAAGAAGUGUAUUUUUUUUCCCAAUGAGCAGGCAACUGGUAAAAAUGUGGAUUUAUUUCGUGUUAUGACUCUAGGACUUAGACUUACCACCGAAAUAAAACAUUUACAAUCAGAAAAUCUGUUGCGAGCACAGAAUAGAGAGACGGUUUCCAGUUUCCAUGUGAGCUAACUUUUAUUCGUUGUUGGUGGUGGGGUUUUGUUUGUUUGUUUGUUUUCCCCCAGAAUAAUGAUCUAGCAAUGUUAAUAAAUGUAACAGUGUCAUUAAACAGUUUAUAUUGUGCAUGUUGUCCAAAGUAUAGUAAAUAUACGUACACACCUUGUUUUAAAUUGGUUCCCAUCUUUAAGUUUGCUGUUCAGACAGAUUUGGAAUACAAAUAUUAUAAUAAAAAUGGUAAAUAAAA